AGAGCACGAAAAUUACUCGAACAAACCUUGACGAUUGUGUGAAUCUGAUCAAACGUGAGCUUUAAAAUCAUGAUCAUCCAAUAUCCUUGAACUUCGUCUAAAGCCAAGGGGAGGAUUUGCAAAUCAUCGGGACGAACCAACUACUCCAACUGUUCUUGCCAAGCUUGUCGUCACAAGUGUUCUCUUGCCAAAGCUCCAGUUGACUCAAGGUCCCGCGGAAAAAAUGGCAAACAAGAAAAACGGAUUCAUGGGAUGGAAAUCAGUGUUAGUGCCACGAGAGCCUCUCUAUGCUACUAAGUGUUAACGAGGCGUGACAAGGAUUUCUUAGACCUUGUAUUCGGUGCCUCUAGUAGGAUGGCGAGCCUCUUGAGAGGAUUCUGAAGGUCCUUUCGCCACCCUGGCCUAAAUUCCAGAGAAACGUCAUCACUGGAAGCAAACAAAUCCCAUGGAUCCCUCUUUGGCCAAGCUCAUUAUGCCAUGCACGAGAUAAGGAUUUCGUGCUUUGCCUUCGAUUUAGCCCAUUCACGCUACAUCCAUCAGAUCAGAUAACUCACCCUCCCCUUCUUCCCCCUUUUCCUUGAAUUUUCGUUUUCAUCCCUCUUUAAUUGGAUAAAUACCCCGGCCCCGUUUAUCUCCUUCCCCUUCCUUGUCGGAUCUCUUUUCCUUCUGUUUCAAGCGUCCAGAUAAGAAAACGACAUGGCAGAAACUGAAGUGGCUGAGAAUCCGGAGACGCCUCCAAAAUCGGCUCUGUGGUUGAUUGUUCUUCUGACAUCUCUUUUUGGUCUUGGGGUGUUGGACUUCUUCACUGGCAUUGAGCCCAAUGGGUGUGCCAUGACGUAUAUGUACGAAUACCCCACCUACAUUCCGGUGGCCGUGAGCUCCGUGGUUCAAAGUCAGUUCCCGAAUUAUGGGUUGUAUGUCUAUGGUGAGGGAGCCUCGGUGGAACCCUUGAGUCAAGGCGUGUUUUCGGGUAUUCCCGUGUUGUUUAUUCCGGGCAAUGCGGGCUCAUACAAGCAAGUGCGAUCUCUGGCCUCCGUGGCCUUGCGAAAGGCCAUGGAGGAGGAUUUCAAAGGAGAUUUCCACUUUGACUUCUUUGCUGUGGACUUUGAGGAAGAGUUUUCGGCCAUUUAUGGCGGAUCUCUGCAAGCUCAGUCAACCUACGUGUCCCAUUGUAUCUCCCAGAUAUUGAAUUUGUACAAAGGUCAAGCCAACGCUCCGAAAUCCUUGGUUUUGGUAGGUCAUUCUAUUGGCGGAUUGGUGGCCAAAUCUUUGUUUGUUCGACCCAAAUUUGAUCAUAGAACGAUUAGUGUGGUGAUCACCUUAGCCACGCCACAUCAGCCUGUGAUCACCAUGGACAGACACACACGGGAGUUUUACGAUCAAGUGGACAACUACUGGAAUCGAACCCGCACUGGAGCACUACGUGAUGUUGUGUUCGUUUCAAUUGGCGGCGGAGAUCGGGAUCUUCAAGUUCGAUCCGGAUUGACCAACUCCAAAUAUGCGGAUAUCAAUGUGGUCACCACGAAUUCUCCGUUAGUGUGGGUUUCUACGGAUCAUCGAUGCAUUACUUGGUGCAAACAGCUGGUUUUGGCCCUAAACCGAGCCCUAUUCGACUCAGUGGACCAGACCAAACAAAUCACCAGAGAUGUGGCCAAAAUCCGGAACACUUUCGAGUAUCAACUUCUCGAUCGGAGUACGGGAAAACAUUACCAAAGACCUUCCGAGCUGUUCGUGGAAACGAUUAAAUUCAAUAGGGAUGGCUUUUGGAGUGACCAUAUGAAGCGACAAUUCAGUUUCGAGCGAGAAUACGUGGAAAGCAAUACCCAUAUCGUGGUCAUGACCUUCGAUGAUCCUAGACAUCGGUUCAUGACCGUGGAUGCUAGUGGGAUCGACUAUAACAACUGGAUCUUUGGUUGUAAAGACACUGCUGUGCACAAGAACACGCGCAUCUGCGAUAUCGGCCAUAAUCUCUCCAAACAAUCCAAGAUCGUUCCUUCCCAAGGGAAGAGAAAACUGGCCCAGUUCGAUAUGCAUCAAUUAAAGGAGGAAUUUGGUUACACUCAUGUGGUUGUGUUCAUCCCCAAAGGCAAGAAACACGUCAAGGUCCAUCUGGACGUGUACAACGAGUUCCAUCGACACGUGGAAUAUCAGACACCCCGAUGGAUAACGUUCUUCAAAUCCUAUCCAAUUGUAGCCAAGACAGCUGAGCGAUCCUUAUUCUACAACGUGACCCUUCUGGAGAUGGACCAAACUUGGCAGGCUUACGAUAUUAUUGUAAAGCCGUUAGGGCGAUGCCCCGACGAUACCCAUUUCGGUUUGAUGCGAUUGGUGACACCUUGGGCAUAUGAUGCGACUCAAACGCUGAUUGCCCACAAUGAGACCUCUCGAUUGACUGCAAAGCUUCAAGUGACUAAACCAUCCGAUUUGGGUACCGACCCCAUCAAUCCCAGACUGGAUAUCUUACUCAAUCCUAAUUGCCAGUAUUCGAUCGAAAUUCAAUCGGCCGUCCACAAAAUGUGGGGUCAAAUGGUGCGGUUCUAUGCUCCCAUGAUCAUACCCUUAUCUAUCGCGGUUCUCCUUCUGGCUCUGACCUACCAACUGAAGGCAAUGGAAGCAGAGAACCAUUGCUCAUUCAUUCUAUCCGUGCUUACGACUCAAGUCUCGCCUAUCUCCGUGGUGAUGCCGGGGCGAUUAGUCGGCUACGUCACUUCGACCGCUUUCCUGGCCAAAUUCCUGCCCAUCAGUGAUUUUCAGAGACUCAACGACAGUGGUUUAGAUUUUGGCGUCUUGCCCAUAGUUCUUUUCUUUGUCAGCAUCGGAUUGGUGACUGUUGUAACCAUGGCCGCUUGGGUAUGUGUUAUUUUGUUCGGAAACGUGGCCAACAAAGCCGUGAUUCGAUUCUUCGGACCCGUGUCGCCUCAUGAGGUGGUUAUUGAGUUGGCCGUAUCCGGAAUGACGAAAGUACCGUUCAUUGUCUCGGGGGUACUGAUCGCCCUGACCAUGGGCACUUGUGGUUCUUUGGCCUUGUGUCUCGGAACCUUUAUACAUUUUGUUCAUCUAUUCAAAAUGUAUGAGGACUAUCUGCAAAAUCUGAUGCGAUCCUCGAUGGGACUCAAGGCCGCCGAGUCCAACUUGUCUCAGAUCAACUUUCAAUUCACAUUGGGCUUGUUAUGGACGAUGAUGUCGCUACUGAAUCUGCCGGCUUUACUCGCUUGGACCAGGAGACUGCCUCUUGAAACCCAUUUGAAUCCGGACCCUUCUUUGAUUCCUGCUGUAAUGCUCUCUGGAUCUUUGGCUGUGCUUUGGGGAGAGAAUGCUCCCCGAAAUCUUCAAUUCUAUAGUCAACUCUCGGCUUUAGUGCAAUUCUUGGCGAUUCUUAUCGUUGUGUUUGGUUCCAUAUCAAUGUAUAGAGUGAACUACUUCGUGAGUGCUGUAUUUGUGGCAUUAUCUCUUCAUCAACUUUUGGCACCAAAGAAGAUGGUUCCAAUAAUAGCAGAUGCAGAUCAACAAGUGGUGCCAUCUGAAACAGAAUCCUCGGAUGCAAAAGAGGAUCCCAAGGAGGAGAAACACAUGGCUGGAGAUGAAAUCGCCUCAUGGAGGUGCCUGAAGAUACUGAGCCCAUUGAUGAAAGCUCAAGCCAUGUUGUUUGCCGUUGAAAGUGGGAUCCUGAAACUGCCAUGCUUCCUCAAAAAUAUAACUAGAUCAUUUUUUCCGAGGAGAAAUCCACAAUCGGACGAAUCAGCGGUGGUCCAGGGCUACAAAAUAGAAUCACCCAUAGUUGAAACAGAUCUUACCCAGAAUAUCACGCAACCAACAAGAGAUGCAGCACCUGAAUCAAAUACUUUGAGAGGGACAGUCCAAUCAGUAUGCUCUGCCAUCAUUUGCAUUCCAACCCGAUUGUUCCCUCGUUUUCACGUCGAAAUGGAUGCCUCUCAAUCUUCAUCCCCAGAGACUCAAGUCUCACUUUUUGCUACCAUGCGAGAUCUGCCUGCAGGCUUUUUCCAUGAUCUUCAAAGAACUGUGUCCGAAUCAGCCACUUUUCCACUUCACUAUUGCAAGACAUAUCUAGGAGGGUGCCGAACGGAUUGGAGCAUUCGCCACCUUCAAAAUGCUCCCAAAGAAUUUGGUACAGAUCUUACGAAAUUUGGAGCCAAUCUUUGGGCGUGUGGCCAAUUUGGUUUUGGCCUAGUCUUGGGUCCUUUGAGGAACAUUCAAAACAUUGCUGUACACUUCAUCAAGGACCUUCAACGGCAAGGCCAUGAGAACGGAUCAUUUGUUGUUUAUUACCUCAAAUUAGCCGGAUUUCGAUUGAAAUCAAAGUUCCAGAAAUUAAACCCAGAACCGCCAAUGGUCGAGAUUGCACCAGAACAAGCUGAGCUCAAGCCACAUAAUGUUGAAGUAUUGGAUGAACAGCAAGAGAACGUGCUUCAUCCCUCGAAAGCUGCAGAACUUCAAAAAGAAGCAGAGAACCAGUUGGGUCAGACGAGUUCAAGAGCAAAAUACCGAUCCAAAAUCCUUCGGGAACUCACUUUAUCGCCAAGCACGGUAUUAAGGUCAUCUGUCGAGACCCCCAAACAAUUUGUGAUAGACCUCGUGAAUUUGAUCGUUCAUGUCAAGGAAUUCUUGCAACACUACCUUUCAUGGCUCAAACAAAAGAAGGACGAACAUAACCUUUCCUUGGACCCCUUGAUUCGAUCAUCGAAGGUCAUCAGUGUGGGAAUUUUGUCUGUGACGGGACUUACACUGAAGGUUCUUUUUCAACUCUUGAAGCCGGGAGAGAGGAAACCCCAAACCCAUCAACCAUCUCAGCCUUCAAGGGUCACAACGACAAAGCUUCACGUAGAAACAACUGCACCAGAAAUGACCCCUGAAGAGAUCCGUUUGAAAGAAUUCCGAGAGCAAAGCGAAAAGAGCUUUGGCAAACCUCGAUUGCCUCAAGACCUCUCCAAACUAAAGAAAAUGCCCAAGCCCAUAACCAUUCAACGUGAAAGUAUCAUCAAGAGCUCAGCAUCCGAGAUUCUUCAAGAUGAUGAAGAAUACGAAUUAUCCAAUCACGAUUUGGAUCUUCUCAACAAGGAGAUGAAAAAGAAAUCCGUCAAAUUGAUGAGCUUGAAGGACCAAGCAUCCAUGAGAAAGUCCAUGGAAGAAAAGAUCCGUCAAUCUCAAACAGAUCUUGACCUUGAUCCGGAUGACUUUGAGAACAUCCAAAAACAUAUGUUUGACUUGGACGAACCCAUGCAAUAUCAACCUUCCCCAAAUGAGGGCGCUCGUUUGAGGGAUUAUAAUGAACCAGAAGUCCUCCAAGAGAGGCUUCAGGCCCAGGAAACUUUUGCAGAUAGAAUUAGUCCAUUUGAGGAGGAUUGGGAGGGUGACGAACCACAAGAGCAAGAGAGUGAAGAAGCGGACUUAGGUUCGGAAUCUGAGUCACAAGACCAUCAAUACCUAGCAGACGGUUUUCGUGGAGUUGAAGAAUUGAGGCGUAGUUUAGACGAACUGAAAUUGCUCGACGUUUCCAUGAGGCAACUGGAGAAUCAAUUUGAAUCAGAUGAAGGAUCAGAGCAAGGUGAUCAAGUCCAAGUCAAAUAUGUCGACGAUGAUGAAUUGAACCCAAGGUUUACUGAAAGUUUUUCUCCAUGGUCCAGAAAUUCUCAGGAAAUGCGAAGGGGGGAAGAGGAAUCCAAUGGCGAUGAUGAUGAAGAAGCGGAUGAUGACGAUGAUUAUGAUGACGAAGAUGAUAAUGAAAAGGAAAGCUUUCAAUUAGGUAUUGAGAGGCUUCAGGUGCAAUACCAGAAACAAUCAAGCGGAAACGCAAAUGUCGAAGUUGUCGAAAAAUCCAGAGAAGAAGCGACCAAAUUUGAACCUUUCUAUGUAGACGACUUGGACCAAGAGAAGGAACUCUUGGAGCUGUUGAAAUUGGAACAGAAUCGAAAAAAGAGUCAAUCAAAUCAGAAACCGAACUUUUCGAAUGAACUGAAAAUUCAAAAUUUAGAACUCGAUCAAGGGGCUAGAUUUGACAUCGGCGAUGACAACGAGACGCCUCAGUUUUCAAAUGAAGAACACUUGCAGGAUCAAGAUCCUUAUGAACCAAACUUGGAACUUGAAGCUCGAGAAAGACGAUCUGAAGUGGCUCUACAAAGACCAGUGCCAACCAAAAGAAAACGCAAAACAUCUGACAACCUGGAAACCCAGCAAUCUGUUCCACAAAGGAUAACCCAUCAAGAAGAACACCUGGAGCAAGCUACAUAUGACGAAAAGCAAAAUGAAGAUGCUCCAUAUACCGAGGAACAACUCGCUCCGCCCAAACCAAACAAAAGAAAACAAAAAAAACCAGCACUGGAGCCUGAAAAAUUGGAAGUUGCCUAUGAGGAAAUGCCAUUUUCGGAUGAUGAACUGGCCUUAUUAAAAUUCAUGGAGCCACCUGGGUCAAAAAUUGGGAAACUUACCAUUCCCAAAGAGCUCAAGGAUGAAAAUCUUCAGGAAUCCCUAAGAGACUCUGCCAAUGGCUCAGAUAAUUUGAAGAAUAACCAAAAUCCCCCAACAAGUGAGAAUUUUCAUGAUCCUGCAAUUGAGUCUGAGGAAGUGAAAUAUUCAUAUAAUGAUUCUAAAUCACAGUCCCAAGAUGAUAUAGUAAUACCAGAGCCUGCAGAUCAAACUUCAACUGUCUUGAAUGCUAAGUAUGCUCAUAAGGACCUUGAAAAUCAAACACAAUCGCCAAACUCACCCCCUGUUCCAAAGCAACGCAAGGAAAAUGAGAUCAAACAAAUCAAGACAGUGGAUUUAUGUGGAGAAGAUUUGCAGCUUACUGAGCAAGAGAAGUUACUAUUGGAACUAUUGCAGAAAGAAAAACAAUUUGCUGAGGAUGAUCCUUCGGUCGGACAACCCCAAAUUAAGAGCCAGAUGGAUCUCAAAGGUCCGCAGCGAUUUCAAGACGCAACGCCAGAUCCUCGGAAAAUGGCAGCCAAACCAGAAUUUGUGGAGGAGGAAGAAGUCCCAUCAUUGGAACCUCUUCAGAGCAUUGAAGAAUCCUUCCCUGAACACAAACACCUGAUUGGACCAGAUUUUGAGCUGAAUGAUGAUGACUUUGAGAGAAUUUAUGGCGAGGAGGAGCCCGACUUAACAUUCUCAUACGCGCUUGACGAUCGGGUCUUGGAACCAGAGAUUGGAGAAGAUCAUUCCGAAAGACUUUUCUAUUCCACGGAUAUCAUAGAAACAGAUCAAUCUGAUUACGUUGAUGAUAGUUCUUCUUUCCAACGUGAAUCUGAUAGCCAUGAGAAAUUCAAAGAUAUCACUGGAGACCUUGCAGAAAGUGAUGUCGAUAAAAACCACUUACAUCGGCAACAAAUUGAAGUGCCUAUGGGAGAUGAUUUUGAUAUCAAUCUCGAAAAUGGUGAUGCGGAAGGGGCUUUGUUAGGAAACGACCAUGACGGCGAGGCCAAUGGAGAUAUCACAGAGAGCUUUUUUCAAGAAAAUGUGAAAAGAGAACAAGUGUCUCAUUUUGAACCAUCGGAUGAGGCCUUGAACAAUGAUUCCAUGAGAAAUGUGCCAGAAACAGAAGAGGAGGAAGAGGAAGAAGAAGAGGAGGAAGAAGAGGACGAGCAAUUUGAAUAUGAACAAAUGGAAGAGACAUGUGAAUAUGAUCCUGGUGACGAGCCAGAGCUAGAGUUCCAAGUUGAGGAAGCAGAUCUGUUCAAAGACCCAAGGUAUGAUAUGAGUGAAAUGGAUCCGAUGGACAUCAAGUUUUCCCCCGAUGAGCUAAAGGUCAUGGUAUUCGGAAAAGAGAAACGGGAAGUUGGGAAAUUAGAUCAACGGGACAUGAAGAAGUUUGCCUCUCCUGAAGACAAAGAACGUCUCCGAAAGUCUAAUUCAUCUCAAUCAAAACGACAGCAACAGCAACAACAGGUGGAACAACACCACUCGGCAGACACCAAAUUGAGGGAAGCAGAAGAUUACCAGAGACUUGACCAGGAAUCAGGGUCCUCAGUUCUUGAGGGAGUGCAAGAUAAGUCACAAGGUUGGGAGAAUCAAGAUCGCUCAACCCAAGCAUUACACCAACGCUUGAGCCAAGAUGAUACUGAAAUGCUUUCGCCAAUUCAUGCUCAUCAACAACAGCAGGAGCAGCAACAAAAACAGCAACAACAGCAACAACAACAACAACAACGUGAAGAAAUAGACCUCAAGCGGAAUGUUAUUGCCAAGGAUGAGACGACAUUGCCGGCCAAGUUGGAUUUGGAAGAACUAAAACUGUUGGAGCUGAUUGAGUCUCCAAAUUAUUUAGAAGACCCUGAAGUAAAGACCUUGGAAGGAAUCAAUUAUGAGCACAACCAGCAUUCAGAAAAGGCAAGGGAAGUCUCUCAACGUCCGUUGAACAUACGACCCAACAAAGAAAUAUGUCAACCAAGCAAACCUUCGAAUUCAUCGGAGUUAGACGUGGGUUUCCCGUCGGAGCCAGAAUUGGGAGCUCAUCCUCAAACGACAUUGAACACCCCAACCAAUAAUAUUUGGUCUAUGACACGGGACGACUACCAACCCAAUAUGGGACCACUUUCCUAUGAGAAUACGUUGUCAAGGGAUGAUCAAUCAGGACCAAUGAGUCCAAGUUCCGACAUAUUUGGAAAAGGGAAAAUGACCCACACUUUAAAUUACGGGGCAAAAAAGACCACUCCAACCCCGGAAUUUGGCCGUACAAUUGAAGAAACGCAAUUCAAUGCAGAUCAAGACGUGGAGGAACUGGAGGCCGAUAUUGAGGACUUGGAAGAGGAAAUUCGAGAAUACAAGGCCAACAAGGCGCUCAAGAAAAGGUCCAAUCGCAAGAGCCCUCCGCAAAUGCGGCGAAAUCUUCAGAUUCCGCCAUCUGAUGAUGAAGGUGAGGCGGAAGGUCGUAGUCCAAGAAUCAGGAGGAAAUCAAACAACAGCGUGAAGAAAUUAGAAAAAAGUCAGAGUCAAAAACAUCAAGGUACCAAAGAAAGUGAACUAGAUUCCGUUGAAUCAUAUCCUCCUACUUCAGAUGGAGAACCACGGAAAAGCCGAUACAUUGCUCACUUUGUUCCUUUGGAAAAAGGUUACGUGCCAAAGAAGCUUAAGGACCCCAAACACCCUUCAUCUCAAAGGAACAGUACCAUUAGUACUACUUCGGAGGGUAAAAAUUCCGAGGAUGAUUACCUGCAAGAUGUUUCCCCACAACCGAUGAUAGAAAACAUCGAUACCGUUCAGGCCGAAUGUCAAUCUGAAUAUGAGUCUGAAUAUGAGGAGGAAGAAGAAGAUGAUGAGUUUGACGACGCCUUUCCGGAGCAACAAAGGGAAUAUGAUCAUCUUCCCAAACCAUCCAGUCAAAGUUCCAUUGACACAGGAACAAAACCCCGACUCGCAUCCACAAGUGUGCAAACCAGUGAAGCCGAAUUUUCAGACUUCGGUGAGGACGAGGAUGCAUAUGGCAGCUCCUUUAAGCGAUCAUAUAGAAGCGGUUUGUCCUCGGGAACCUCUAGUCGACGUCCUAGUUUUGGCGAUUCCAAAGACUGCGACCAAGAUAGAGAUCCCAACUAUCAUGUUAAAUUUCGAUCGCGGAGUGCCCUUUCUCAAGACGGGGGUUAUAUGUAUGGCUAUCCAGAAGAUGAUCGAUCCUCGUCACAAAUGUCGAUCUACAAUACCGACCAAAGUUUGGACAUUUCAAUUCCAGUCGACAUGGAGACACGGGAACGGCUUCGCGCUCAAGGUGCUCACAUGUCCGAGCCCAUGGAAGCUUUUGCUAAGAAGGUCCAAGAGGCCAGGGAAACUUUGGAGAAGGAGCUUCUAGGUUUAGAGCCCGAAAACAAGGAGCCAAGCCCGUAUCCGGUUCAAAGAAGCACAUCAGAGCAACGGAUUCGACCGGCAUCUUCUCUAGGCUUUUCUCGAAAAACCAGUGACUAUGUUUCACCCUAUUUGAGAUCAAGGCACCUAACGGGCGAUGAUGACGUCAAGGAAGCCAAUGAAUCUGGCACAGACUCGCGAAGAAGUCGACUUGAGUAUGAGCCCCGGCGAUUUGCCGUGAACCCUUAUCUAUCACGGUCCUAUUCCACUCGCAGAUCUUUAAGGGAACGGCGACGUGACUACGCCUGGGAGAAUCCAGAAAUGUCUAAAUACUUGACACGAGCAAGAUCAACCGAUAUCAUCGGCUCGUCACCAAUCAUUCCAGAGACUGAGGAGUAUCGAGCCCGAAAAGCCAUGAUUAAGACUUUGGAUGACGAAAUUGUCGCUCGUAGGAAACGAACACGAAUGUUGAAGACUCAAGCCUUGAUGCAGAGCGUUCAAAGUCGGAUUAGCGCCACUCAUGAUCCGCCCAUGCCAAUCACGAGAAAGCACAGUUAUGGUAGUCGGACUGGUCGUCAGUAUGAGAACAAUACACCAUUGAGCGGUCAUUUUGACGAGCAAGCCCCAGGAAAUAUUCGCAAAUCAUACGAUGACCUGGCCAAUAUGUCCAUGAAUCGAUAUAUGAAGGAUCGAAAUUAUGGAACUUCACGUUUGUCACGACGAUACAGCUUCAAGUGAUUCCCUUUCCCUUUGUUAACAAAUUUAUUUCAGGGUGACUGGAAACUAAAUUCUUACUUCCAAUGCGGCCUUUUGCCUAUUAUAUUCCCCUGUUCAUUGUAAAGUUAUCCCAGGUGUUAUUACAAAUGCGUCUGAAAUAAAAUUAUUGUUCAAAAAAU